AUGACAUGUUUAUCGUUGCUAACAUCAGAGACAGAUGUGUUCGGAAACUAGAGAUGGGACGAUACCAAUAUCACAAGCUCGAGUAUCUACCGAUACUGAUUUUAGUCCGAUACGGUAUCUUAAUGCAAAGAAGAAACAAAUAUUGGCUGGACCAGAAUGGCAUCCUACUUUGAUGAACACGACUGUGAGCCCACAAACCCUGAGGAGCAGUAUCGGCAGAAUGCUCUACUUGAACUGGCCAGGUCUUUGAUGCAGGGCUUGGACUUAUUUGACUCGGGGGCGUUUGACUUGUCCGACUGGGACCAACGUCUUCCUCCUCCAGCUGCCAAAACAGCUGUCCAGACCCUCACCGUGGUCAUCAUUUCUCCAGAGCAAGCAGACAAAGGUCUCAAGUGUCCCGUGUGUUUGCUGGAGUUUGAGGAACAAGAGACGGUUCGAGAAAUGCCCUGCAAACACCUUUUCCACUCAGGAUGUAUACUGCCAUGGCUGGGCAAGACUAACUCCUGCCCGCUCUGCCGACUUGAAUUGCCAACGGACAAUCCAGAGUAUGAGGAAUUUAAAAAAGACAAGGAGAGAAGAAAACAGAGGGAGAACAGGCUCGAGGACCUGCACGGAGCCAUGUACACAUGACAUCGUGGUGCUGCAGUGGACAUUUGUCCCCACACUGAUGUUUUACUGAACAUACACUAACUAUGCUGCAUCCAUGCCAUUUCAAAAAGAUUGGAAUCAGAUGGGGAAGAACACAUGCUAUAAAUUCCAAUAAUCCAUUCUAUGGUGUGAACGCAGCAUAAGCAGUGAGGUUGUUGGUAAAUGUUGGGACAAAUUGACGAGUGCGUUGUUGACGGAGCAGAACGCUGAAGCUUUUCACUUUAGUCUCUUUGUUUUUUAAAUGAGCUGUAAACACAGCUGGAUUUGUCUAAUGAAUAUUAAUAAUUAAAAUACUAUAGGAUAUAUUUAUCAGUGAAAUUUACAUCUGAGAGAGUUUUUUUCAUUUUAAGCAGCACCCAAACAGAACAUACAGAUGAGCCACAUUGUUGAAUUUGAUUGAGGCUGAUCAGAGUUUCACCUCCGGCCAACAUAAAGACACAAAUAGUCACAUCACCUAUAUAUUGAUGCUUUUACAUCACUGGACUUCAGAGUCUGAGAGAAGGUGCAUGUUUGGUGUGUUUCUAACCAGCAGUACAGUGCGUCGUUGUGUUAGCCCUUUUUCAAGAAGUUUGUAUUUACGUUUGCAAAUAAAUACUUUUUUUUUAAACA